AUGGCCCCAUGGGAAGUCCUUGACCUAGUUUGUCACCAUCUUGACCCCAAAUCCCUAGCCGUAGCCUCAUGUGCGUGCAAGUCAUGGCUCAUUUCCAUGUCCUCUGAUCACCUUUGGAAGCCAAUUUGCACAUCCAAUUUCCCUUCGCUCUCUACCCUAAAAAUCACAAACCCUACCGUCCCCUACCGCCGCCUCUAUGUCAUUGGCUGCUCCGCUGCCAAACGCCGCCGACAAACGCCCCCGAAACCCCGCCUUCUUCUGGACAACCUCAUCUUCACAAUCAACAUCUUCCGCCAUAACAAUUCAUCAUCAAACAGUUUCUGCACUCUCGCAAAACCCGGAAAGGAGCUAACCCUCGAUCCCAAUGGCAUCUUCAAGUUCGACAUCGAUGUUGAUAACUACGAUGCGUUUGAGGCAUUGGAAGAUGAGGAGGCGGUGAGAGUGACGUGGAAUGUGGUGUUGGAAGGGUGGAGGGGUGUUUUUGGGAUGAUGGAAAAUUGUAUAGGUAAAGGAGGGGUGGAGGGUUGGUUUUCGGAGGAGCUUCCUUCUCCGGGGUGUUGUUGCGGUUCGAGUGCGGUUGCUUGCAGUGGGAUUGUGGCGGAUUUGAAGUUGGGGUUUUGUGACGGGAGGAGGAAGGUGAAGAAAGUGAGUGUGGGGAUUUUAAGUGUUGUAAAUUGGAGAUAUGUGAGCGUUGAUGAUGCUCUGAGAUACUUGCAACAUUUUCUUCUACCUUGUGCUGUAUGA